UUACAAAACGAAGGCUGAAGGGAUAACGGUAAAGUCUUAAACUGGGCGACACUCGGAUGUGCCCGAGCGGACGACAACUUCUAGGCAGGAAAAACGAUGCCCAGCAAGACUGAUGUGUGUUGUCUUGUGGCUAUCGUCUGCCUCGUUUUGGAGUUGGCGUCUGCCCAGUCUACUCGGAAGACGAUCUGGAAAGGUGACCUGAAGACAUCAGUAUGGAAUACUGAACGGGCAAAAAUCUUACCUUUGUAUGGAUCUAGCUGCAACCUUCUGUGUUUAUCGGGUAUUCUUUCUUCUGCCGAUGGCUGUACCUGCUACACAAAUUUGUGUACGUCUUCGACCUGUCGAUCGCAUGAAGUGUGCCAGACACGUACCACGAGGUAUAAAACGUUUGCAAUGUGCUGUCCCCGUAAACGUCACAGAGUGUGCUGGAACCGACCCCGCUACAACAUGAGAUUUGGUCGUCGGUUCUACUUCUACAGCCAUCAAUCCGAUAGCUGCCACACCUUCCAGGCCAAGAGAUUCGACCGCACUUCCUACUUCACCAAUGCCAGGGCGUGUCUCCGACAGUGUAAAUGCAGGCGCCCUGACCACGAAAGGCGCGUGUAUCAAUAAACCAGUUUAUAUCCGGGCUCAGGACAGAAUACCAAUGCCGGUUUAAAGAGAGGACUCAAGACAUCUUGUUAUACACUUCCAGCACCCCGACGGAAAACCCCAUCAAUGUCUGUGAAGGAUGUAGUCAUUUUACAAAGAGGUCCGUUUC